CUCAGCAAGCCAAGGCGCGCGCCAACCAAGCUAUUACUGCUGCCAUAGUGCCCUGUCUAUCUGAAUCAAGAGCAGCGCCCUCAAACCAACCCGAGAGCCCUGUCCAUCUGAAUCAAGCAGCAGCGCCCUCAAACCAACCGAAGAGACGCCAUGGAUGCCACCACCGGCCGAGCGUACGAGGACUUCGUGCCUCCGCACAACAUGGUCACCGAGCCGGCGACCCACACUCUCACCGUCGACCUCUCCGCCGCAGGGUACAAGAAGGAGCACAUCAGGGUGCAGCUGGUCCGGAGCCACGGGCUGGUGGUCGUGCGCGGCGAGCGCGCCGUCGCAGGCAACCGCUGGAGCCGCUUCCGGCUCGAGUUCAGGGUGCCCGACGGCUGCGACGUCAAGGGCAUCCACGCCAAGUUCGAGGGAGGCGUCGUGCGGGUAACCAUGCCCGGGAUCAAGGCCGGGCCUGCAGCCGCGGUUGGCGGCAAGCUGCCGGAGCCCGCUGCCAGCAUUCGAGACGCUCGAGGAGGAGACAAGAAGGAAGACGAGAACGCGCAGAAACAGCCGGAGGAGGAGCGUGUGGUGAAAGAUGGUGGCCGCCUUGACCAUGGCGCCGGCGCCGUCGGAGGAAUGGAAGCGCUCGCUGCGCCGGCGUCAGGCCGCGGCUACAGCUACCUCCUGGAGCGUAGGAAGCUGCUGACCACCGUGGUCAGCGCGGUGCUCGUCCUGUUUAGCCUUGGCAUCUAUGUCAGGUACAGCUUCGGGGCAUGAGC